UCUGCUGUGUCAGUGGAGGCUGCGACUCGAGACUGAGCGCCAUUUCUCAACCUGUGGCUCCAGUCGGUGACACCUGAGGAGGGGGAGAGGAGAUGAGUCCCAGUUAGAAGGCUCGUGUGUGUGUGUCGUGUGCGCACCGUCAGGUUCCCUGCUGCCGGAGAGUUCGAGCCCCUGCCACGUUGCCGUGCAGAUGGAGCUGAGCAGGAGGAAAGUGCCUCUAUAUGGCCAGGCGAAAGUUUUUGCAUUGCUGGAGGGCUUAGACUCCGUGCCGUUGGACGCAGAGGUCUACGUCGUGUUGGAAGGAUCCACGCUGGUCCAUGUCACCAGGGCCCAGAGUGACGUCAUGCUCUGCUUCAUAGUGCCUGGUCAUAACCUGGCGGAGAUGGUCUCCGUCCAGGCCUACCUGUGCUCUGAAACCACACCCCUCACCUGGGUGGGUGGAGCUUCACUGGAGUACGUCCAAGACGAUGCUCAGGACCUCGCGGAGCACCUGGUAACGCACGGACAUUGUCUGAGCUCCGCAGAUCACAAGGAGCUGAGAAGCCUCUUCAAUGUGGGCCAGGAGAGUUCUCGCUGGGCUACGGAUCGAUGCGUGGCCCUGGCCAUGGCCAACCUGGACAUCCCUCGGAACUGGAAUGUACUGGGAGGCCACGGUGGAGACGAGCCCCGUCCCAGGGAGUCGCCCCUGCACCUGGCCGUGCGGUGGGGUCUGUGCAGGCUGGCCGAGCUGUUGCUCUGCCAGCCGGGGGGUUUGAUGGCUGUCAGUCUGCCCAACGAAGAGGGGGUCACGCCGCUGCAGCUGGCACAGACGGCGGGCAACACUGACCUCCUGGUGCUGCUCACACACCCACCCAACCCUCUGGCCACGCCUCCGGCAGGUCUGUCCCAGGUGUGGGCGGACCGGUCCCGCUUGCUGAGGUACUGUCACGACACGGGGAACCUGACUCUGACCGUUCGGCAAAACCUGCGGUGGAGCUCGGAGGAGGGCCGGCACGCUGACGUCCUGCUCCUCAGAGGCCGGCUCAGAGAUGAGGACUUCCUCGGAGAGAUCAAAGCGCUCAGGAGGGAGCGGGUGGAGACCAUCUUAGGGAAGGAAGAACUGGUGGAUGAUCCUUCAGAGAACGCACUGUGUCCUGGUAUCAAUGGAGGAAACUCUGCUGCGGGGGAAAAUGACUAUGAGGAGCCGCUGAUGUUUCGCCUGAACGAGAGGGACGGAGAGGACGAUCCAUCACAGCCCGACUCUGAGAAAAGCCAGUCCGCGAGGGAGAACCAGGGCUUGUCCCCAACUCUGGCUGCAGCGGCCAGACUGUCAGCGAUGAUACACGGCAAAGACCGUGUUUAUGCCAACACCAUGCUGGUGGACCAGGUGGAAGACGCUGACAUCAGAUACCGCUCUCCAGGGGAGGAGGAGGAAGCGAGCCCCGUGCCCCAUGUAGGCAGCCAGCGCUGGGACUCCUUCUCCACGACUCCCCCUGACUCGGGGAGCUGCUCCCAGCACCGGCUUACAUCCUCGCCCCGCGAUGAGAAGAGGGGAAUCCAAGCCCCCAGCCUGGAGAAUCCCAGGGAGCCAUCGCCUUGCACCUCUCCCCAUUCUCCCAUGGCUACCUCCCCGUCUUUUCCUUCGUCCCCCCUGGCUUCCGCCUUUCGUUUGUUCGAAGGAGUGCAGAGGCGUCAGAGGCAGUCGUGCCUGCCAGCUUCUCCUGCUUUGAAUCGCAGAGGAUGCAGCUUGACUGAGCCAAGCCGGGGCCUGAGUCCGAGUCUUGAGUGUGACAGUGGGGAAGAGGACAUACUGGGACAUUCCUACCCCUGCUCAUCUUCAAAGCAGCGGUCCUUCCUGCGCUCCAGCUCGGGAGAGGAGAGGGACUGUUUCAACGCGUCACCGGACUUCAACAGCGCAAACUCCAACAGCACACAGGCGUCCACCAAGCACCCAGAGGAGGCCGAGGUCCGCCUGCGCUCCUACUCGUACUCCUCCCCCAAAGCAAAGCCGUCACGGCCGCUGCUAAACCGAGAGGCAGCCAUCACUGACCUGGCAGAAGAUGGUGCAUUCAGCAGCAGUGGUCGUUCUCUACUUCAGACUUUAUCUCUCUCUAAAUCCCUCUCUCGUCUCAACCAAGUCAAGCAGAGAGCAUUCAGCCUGACAGAGACGCCCCGGGAAAAGAGGGUUUUGGGUUUCCGUAAGCGGGCCCAGUCAGCAGAGGAGGAGAGCAGCGCAUCACUCCAACACCUCACCCUCACAGAGUUCCUCAAAGAGAUCGAGGAUGAGGAGUGGGAUAAAUACAUAAUCCCGUCUAAGACCGAGUCGGAGAAGUACAAAGUCAGCCGGACCUUCAGCUUCCUCAAGAGCAGGAUGUCCAGCACCCGCAACAAGACCAAGGUGAAGGGGAAGGAGGUGAAGGAGGGAAAGGAGAAGUCAGGAGCGGCGAACGGACACCAGUUUGUUCCCGUGUCUCCGUCUGGCCCGGCUCUCUGUGUGGCCUGUGAUAAGUCUGUUUCUGGGAAGGAGCUGCUGCAGUGCUCCAACUGUUUCCUGAAUGUCCAUAAAAACUGCCGAGAGUCUGCUGCAGCCUGUGGAAAGAAGCUGCAGGAGAGGAAUGCGUUGCUGGUGAAGAGCAAGACCUCGUCUCUCCCACCGAACUCCGUGAAAGACAACUCCGUCUUCUCGCCUUCCUCCUCCGCUUCGCUGCCAACGAUGAGCAGAGAGAAGAGAGAAACAGUCGCCCCUCUCACCAAAAGCCUCUCCAUCUCCAUCGACAGCAGACGGCCGAGUGACUCGGCGGGGGCGGACAGAGAGUGCAGCGAGGCAACGUGUACUAGCAGCUUAUUGUCCGACGAGGGAACACCGGUCGCAGCGACUCCCCCGUCCACCGACCCGCCAAUCACCACACAGGAUGCUGUUGACGCUCCUCUGCUGAGCGACUUGUCCGCCGACCUGCUGGGACUCGAUGUGGAGUCGUGGAGUCUGGCGGUGGGUCCGGACUUCUGUAGACAACACGACAGACACACCGUCAAGCGACAGGAUGUCAUUUAUGAGCUGAUGCAGACGGAGCUGCACCACAUUCAAACCCUGACAGUCAUGUCGGAGGUGUUCAGGAGAGGGAUGCUGGAGGAGCUGCAGCUGGACUGGGACUGUGUGGCCCGAAUCUUCCCGUGCUUGGAUCCCCUGCUGCUCUUCCACAGGAACCUCUUCGGAGCGCUGCAGGAACGCCGACAGGCCGCAGCCCAACCGGAGAACCCCCGCUAUUAUCUCAUCCAUCAGAUCGGGGACAUACUGCUUCAGCAGUUCUCAGAUGAAAAUGCUGAGAAGAUGAAGCAGGUGUACGGUGACUUCUGCAGUCACCACACGGAGGCUGUCAAUGUCUUCAAAGAGCUGCAGCAACAGAACAAGAAGCUCCAAAACUUUGUCAGACAACAGAGCAAUAAGUCUGUGGUCCGGCGGAGAGAGGUGCCAGAAUUUAUCCUGCUGGUCACUCAGCGUAUCACCAAGUACCCCGUGCUUCUGGAGAGGAUACUGCAUUACACGCGGGAGGGAAGUCAAGAACACACGGACCUCUCAAGUGCCCUGGCUCAGAUCCGUGACGUCAUCGCCGCAGUGGACCUGACGGUGAAUAAGUACGAGCGGUGUCAGGAGCUGCAGGAAGUGCUGGCCCGGCUGGAGAACAAGAGCUUCGCCAAGCUCAAGAACGGAAAAGAGUUUCGCAAACAGGACCUGCUCAGCAAGCACAGGCAUCUGCAGCACAAAGGGCUGGUCUUCUGGAAGACGGCCACGGGACGUCUAAAAGACACUCUGGCACUGCUGCUCACGGAUGUACUGGUUUUCCUGCAGGAGAAAGACCAGCGCUUCGUAUUUGCUGCAGUAGACCAGAAGCCUCCGGUGAUCCCUCUGCAGAAGCUCAUCGUUCGAGAAGUAGCCAACGAGGAGAGAGGGAUGUUCCUCAUCUCCGCCUCCUCCGUGGGACCAGAGAUGUAUGAGGUUCACACCACCACCAGAGAGGAGAGGAAUGCCUGGAUGAGACACAUACGACAAGCUGUAGAGAGUUGUCCUGAGGAAGAGGAGGAGGAGGAUCGGAGCGCUGAGUCAGAGGAGGUCAGGCGAGCUGCAGAAGUGAGGGUUCAGAAGAUCAUCAAGUUCCAGGAUACGCUGUUGGGUCAGGAUCAGCAGAUCUGCACCAGCCUGGAGGAGAAGCUCCACCUGUACGCCGAGCUCACCGAGUUAACCCUCCACUCACCAGAGCCUGUGCCACAUCGCCACCUGCUGGUGCAGCCGGACACAGACAGUGAGACGCCACAACCGGCCUCCUCGCUCCUCACGGCCGCGCUCAGAGAAGCGGAGAACCUGGCCACCAUGCUUCAGGCUCGCGAUGCCCUCUCCGCGCAAAGUCCGAGCUCUCCCGUGCGAGGACCGGAGUGCUGCAGCUACAACAGUCACGGCAGCAGCAUCCAAGAGUCUCCAUCUGAACCAGAUUAUCUGAGCACGCUCAGUAUGAGCUCCACGUCUCUUGGAUCCGACACGGAGUUGACGGGGCUGGACGGCGUGCCGUGCAGCCCUGCUGUGGAGCUGAGAAGAGGAGACACCAAGGGGACCCUGCUGAAGGUGGCAGAGAGCGUGCAGAGCCUGACUCAGCUUCUGUACAGUCUGCAGGCUGCUGUGACCCUCCAGGACAGCUGCUAUGAGGUCCAGAAACUCCUUCUCCAGGAGGGAGAAAGACCUCAGCUCCGAACCCUCUCUUCUCUCCAAAAUAGUCUGGAGCAGGAGAAGCAGAGGAGUAUCGAGAAGAAGAAGGAGGACGCCGAGAAGAAGGGUUUAGAGAGGAAGAAGGAAGAGGUGGAUGGGCUGCAGAAACUCCACAUGAGGCUGAAACAGGAGCAGCAGCGCUGGGACAAAGAGUGUCUGGUCAGAGAGAAACAGCAGAGUGAACAGGAGAGUGUGCUGGAGCAGCGAGAGCAGCGGUGCCUCCUGGAGGCCGAGCGUCUGCGCUCUGAGCGCGAGGAGCUGGAGGCCCACAUGCUGGAGUAUCAGCAGAAUCUGGACCGGCUGCGGGAGGGCCAGAGGAGUGUGGAGAGGGAGAAGGAGAAGAUCGAAGCCCAGCAGAGGCUCCUCCAGAGCUGGAGACACAGCCGCCAGAGCAGCUUGCCCGUGACAAUACCACUGGACGGAUACAAGGUGUCCAGCCACAGCCGCUCGGGCAGUCUGGACGGUAGCUCUUCGGUGUACCAGAACGAGGCGGCCUUUCUCACCUCUCUCCAGCAAAACCAGCCCCGCCAGCCGGCCAACCACAACAACCUCCACCAGUGUCUGCUCUCCACGUCGAGGAAGAACCGCGACGGUCCCCUGCUCGGCCCCGGCUACGCGGCCAACCUGGGCCUCAGCGCCAGCCUCUACAACAGCCUCAACACCCUGCUGAGUCAGGCGCACGGCAAACAGCCUCCGGACGGCCGGGCGUACCCAAAGUACGGCGGCAGCCACGGCUGCACCCUGCACGACGCUGUCCACCCGUUCAGCAGCAGGGUCGCCGCACAGCCGCAGAGGACCGACGACACAGACUUCAGCCCGCCACUGGACAGGCGACCCCUGGGUCCCUGGAGGUUCGAGGUCACAGGUCACGGACUUUGCGAGGACUACUCCUCCUCCUCCUCGCCGUCUCUGGCCCCGCUGCUUCCUCCGCAGGCUUACCUCUCUCUUGAAGGACAGAACGGGGAGGAGGGCGCUGAGGAGAACAUUGUUUAUCUCUGAGAAACACACAUCACAAGCUUCUUGACAUAUAACUGGACCAACAAUAAUAUAUCUGUUGCUUAUAUAUAUAUUUAUAUAUAUAUAUGUUCGUGAAUGUGUGCAUUUGCCUCCAUCUGAAUGUGGUGGAUACACGUUCAUUUUUAAAAACCUGUAUAAUCACACAAGGGAAUAGUCGGAGGGAGGAAGUAUAUGCAGAAAUACUGUAUGUGCCUUUAUCAGUGUAUGUCAGCCAUUAAUCCUUCUCUUCCUGUGUGAUCAAACCAUUGUGCCUUUUUUUCCGAAGAAGCUCUUUGAGAGUCGGCUCUCACACGUUGUGAUUUUACUCCUGCCACGAUUCAUUUUGGUAUCUGUUGGAAUUGUUUAACGGCAGAAGUACCUUUGUGCUGCGAACACCCGGACCGAGAGUAUAAGGAAACGUGGAAGGAAGUUGUUUUUCCCCGUGAGCACUUAUAAGAAAACUGAGAUAUUUGAGUCCUUCCUCAAACCACACAGAGAGUGCUAUUAUUCCUCCAUGGGAUCUUUAGAAAUAUUUAUGAGGGAUCUUGAGCAUCUAAAAGACAUAUGAAUAUACUGACAUUAUUGUAUAAAUAUCAAAAAUUAUGUAUAGUUUUAUGGAAAGGCUACCUAUGCACACUAUGUUGGAAGAGGAACUUUUUUUUUCUCACGCAAGUGCCAAAAACCUUGCUAUCUGAUUCUGUAAGUGAUUUCUGUAAAGAACGGCUGUAUUUUUUCUUCUUUCCGUUAAUCUGCUUUUUCUGAUAAUUUAUUGUGUGUAAAUUGCUUCGUGCACUGUCAACAUCAUUAAUAUUUUUGUUUGAUAUGUAUUCUAUUGUAAUCUCUGUAAUCAGAUCUAUGAUGUGCCAUGUUCAUAAUACCGUGCUGUACAUAUAAAACCAUUGUGGCAAACGUC